AUGGCUGCCGCUGGAGGUACAGGGCAGUACAUCAAAACGCCAACGGCAGCCAAGCCAGGCUCUGAACUAGGCUGGGCUUUCGUUCGUGGCAUCACAGCUUUACUUGGUGGAAACGCGGUAGGUAUGACCAGUCAGACUGACUUCUCUCGUUUCGCUCGACGACCAAAGAAUCAAAUCUGGGGUCAAGCAUUCGCCGCUGGUAAGAUGUACGGAGAUGUCACGGAGCUCGGCUUGUGGAAUCCCCCAAACAUUGUCCAAUUGUGGCUCGAUACGGAUUAUCACAACCCCAAGCUGAGAGCUGCUGCAUUUUUCAGUUCUCUGGGUCUUCUGCUCAACAUAUUGGCUCUUAACUCUGUUGAGAAUGGUGUGUCAGGAGGCAUGGACUUUGCUGGUCUGUGGCCCAAGUACAUCAAUAUUCGGCGGGGAUCAUACCUGAUUGCUAUCGUAUCCAUCGCACUCAACCCCUGGUACAUCAUCUCGAAGGCCUCUGCCUUUACAUCCGCACUGAACAGCUUUGGAAUCAUCCUUGGACCAAUGAUGGGUGUAUUCACCGCUGAUUACUACAUGGUGCGAAGAAAGAAGGUGAAGCUGAGUGAUCUAUACCACGACAGCCCAAAGGGCAUCUACUGGUUCACUCGUGGUAUCAACUUCCGGGCGUAUGUGGCAUGGAUAUUGGGUUUCGCACCCUCUAUCGGUGGCAUGGCCUCGGUGGACCCGGCCAAUUCCAUCCCAAUCGGACUAACGCGGACAUUUUACACUGGCUUUCUUACCGGAUAUGCAAUCUCGUUCCUGGUUCACUGGGGGCUUGGUGUUGUGUUUCCUCCUGCCAGUCUGGGUGAGGUCGAUAGCUACGACUCGUUUGGAACGUUUACGCCCGAUGAAGCAGCGAAGCUCGGCAUCGAGCCCAACCUUGGCGAGAGGAGAAAUCCCCAAGGGCGCACUUCGGACGAGCUCAGGAAUGAAAAGGACGUUAGCGUUCAUGAAACUCCGUUUUGA